UUUAAUAAUUGCUCUUCUGUGGAACAUAGAAAAAGACAAAUCUAUCCUUCCCCUUUUGCUGCUGCUGCUGCUGCUGCUGCUGCUGGUCGAUGAUCUCUUCUUCCUCUGUUCCUCCUCCCUCCACCAGCAACGACCAGAUCUGCUCUCGGAUCGCUUCGACCCUCCCCUCCCCAUGACCCAGAGGGUCGGGGAGGAAGUGGAUGGCAGGAGGAGACGGCGAGCGGCGCCCCUGCGGCGGCACAGUGCCGCUGGAGCUGCUGAUCGGCGAGCAGGCGAGGACGGAGAAGAGGGAGCGGCCGCGCGUCCGCGUACGGCUGUUCCGCCCAGUCCAAGAAAGGGGACGCGUACGGCUGUUCCGCCCAGUCCAAGAAAGGGGAGGACUACUUCAUCGUCAGAACCGAUUGCCUUGGCGUCCCCGGCGACCCGUCGUCCUCCUCCGUUUUUGCGGUCCUUGAUGGGCAUAAUGGUAUUGCAGCAGCAGUAUAUACAAGAGAGAACUUGUUGAAUUAUGUAAUGAUCUUCGGCAGGAAAAGUGGCUUCAAGCUCUACCUUGUGCUUUGGUUGCUGGUUUUGUUAAAACUGAUGAAGUAAUCCAGAGAGAAGGAAUGUUUUUACUUCUUUCGUAUUUGAGGCAUGUUGUUAGAUUCUUUUCCAACACAUAGGUAGCUGGUUUAAAGAAUUUGCUCCAUGACUUUUAUCAGAUCAAACAUCUGGAACCACUGUUACAUUUGUGAUAGUUGAUGGAUGGGCAUCACUGUUGCUUCAGUUGGAGACUCCCGGUGCAUUUUAGAUGCAUGGGAAAGGUUGGCUUCUGCAUCGACUGUUUGAUCAUAGGCUAGAAGAGACUGUUGAAGAGAGGGAACCUGUUACCACCAGUGGCGGUGAACUAGGAAGGCUCAACAUUGUAGGUAGUGCUGAGAUAGGUCCCCUUCGCUGUUGGCCAGGGGAUUUAUGCCUGUCCAGAUCACCAAGGGAUGUGGAUGCUGGGGAAUUUAUUAUUUCAGUACCUCAUGUUAAGCAAGUUAAGUUAUCAGAUGCUGGAGGAAAACUUAUAAUUGCUUCAGAUGGCAUCUGGGAUGCUUCGACUUCUGAAAUGGCUGCAAACUGUUUUUGCCGAGGUUUGGCUUCAGAGCUUGCUGCCAGGCAAAGUAGUUAAGGCGAUUACUACCUGAAUUUGUCAUUUCUGAGAUCUGUUGAACCAGCAUGGUUUCUUGCUCCAAGCGAAAGCGUAUCUGGUCAUGCUGGCUCCGUCUUCUCCACCGGUUCAAAGCCAUGGCAAGGUGCUGUAGCUCCCUCCUCCCUCUUUCCUAACAAACAUCCUCAUCGUUUUCUUAUUUUCCUACUUGUUUGCUGCCAUAUAUUUCUUUUGAUGGGCUGCAUGAUCAUUUCAUUAUAUUUGUAUUUGCACUAGGAACAUGUUUAAUGAUAUGAUCGAUUGUUUUGUUUUGGUGUUGGCCUAAAUGUCUUUUAUUUUGCCCACUUGUUUUCGUUGUUGGCUUUGAACCGAGUGAAUGCCAGUUGCAAGCUUUAUGUACACUACAUUUGUGACUGCUUCUACUUCUUCUUUAACAUGAUUAUUUUGUUAUUCCA